GUUCAUCUAAUGCAUUGUGGGUAGGUCAGGCACAGGGAGGACGCCAUGUGCUGUUGAGGCUCUGGAAUUGGACCCGUCUGUGCUCAUCUCGAUUUGUUCUGUUUCAGUGGGACUUUGGGCUCCACAGCUCCGGUUAACGCCAGCAUGUACUGCACCAGACGCUGCCUCCGGACCGCGUUGCGGGCCGCCGCGAACAUUCACCGUCAUGUGUUUUUCAGGCACCACCUUCAGCAGCAGGCACCGGCUCUGUGUUCUGUCCGGCUUCUGAAAACCAGUUCGACCUCCUUUUCAGAAGCCUUAGCCAUGCCCCCUCUAGACGGAGCCCCCAAAGAGUACUCACCGAAAAUCCAACAGCUGGUCAGUGACAUCGCCAGCCUGACCUUGCUAGAGGUGUCAGACCUCAACGAGCUCCUCAAGAAAACUCUGAAUAUUCAAGAUGUUGGAAUGAUGCCAAUGGGGGCAAUGGCUGCAUCUGCUGUCCCUGCAGCUCAGGCCACAGAAGAAGAGGAGGUGCCGGUAAAGAAAGAAAAGACUCAAUUCACAGUAAAACUGACAGAGUUAAAAGCAGCUGAAAAAGUAAAGCUUAUAAAGGAAGUUAAGAACUGCAUCCAAGGCUUGAAUCUGGUGCAGGCUAAGAAACUGGUGGAGUCCCUUCCCCAGGAAAUCCGGGCGAACGUGUCCAAGGAAGAAGCAGAAAAACUCAAAGCGGCUCUGGAAGCAGCAGGUGGCACUGUGGUGCUGGAGUAAAGCCGUGAAACCACCAACUCUGGAGUUUUGUUGUUCAUGCACUUCAUCCGUCAUCUAUAUUUUUUUUUUGUUUGUUUUUUUUUUUAACUCAAAAAGAAAAAAAGAGGAUCUCAAGAGAAAUGGAAAGAAAACACAUUUUCCAAUGCUCCCAUCCUUUAGCAUUGUCAGGUGGGGUGGUACAACUUGGGGUGAACUUUCCAGAGAAUCAGCCUCCACAAAUGACUGCUGCGCUCCCUGGUUAUGCGCUCACGUGCUGCGUAGCUUGGAAGCUACAGAAAUGAAGAGGCUUGGACGCCAAAAAGAAUCGCUGCAUUACUCUGUGUUGAUGUUCAACUGUUCACAGAUAAAGGUUUGAGCUGUAGGAGAAUGGUCACAAACGUGAAGGAACACCAAAUGUAUCUAGCGCAGUGGAUGUCAACGCUGAGUCCAUUAAAGUUCUUAAUAAUGUCAUCAAAGUUGAAUUCUUAUUUCACUUGCUUCUUGGUCCUGAUUUUGUGUCACACUGAACAUUUUGAAACAUUCAUAAGUAUUUUCUAGAUGGGUUCACUCAGUGCUUAAAGAAGCACAGUAAGUGAAAACUACAGUUUUACCCAUUAAGAAACUUUAAUAUUUUAUCCAAGAUGCUUUUUGUGCAAAUGUGCAUGUCAGAAUUUUCUUUAUAAACACAUAAAUGUGUGUAGUAAAUGUAGAAUAUCAUUGAAAUGUUAAUUUCAGGAAUUUCAUCCAAAAAAGUGAAUAUUAGUCCUGAAGUUCAAGUAAAAUUUCAAUUAAUUUUGAUCCAAAAAUCAGCUUAUUAGAAAAUUAAAAUAUUCCAUGAGACUGCAUUUUU